CUCUGUUUGCUGAUGUUGCUGCUUUGACACCUGAAACUCCCUCCAGGGAUUAAUAAAGGUUCAUCUUAUCUUAUCUUAUCUUAUAUUCUGCAUUCAUCUCCAAAUGUUUUGUAAAUAAGCGUUUAUUUUCCAAUAUCAUCCAAACUACCAAGAUUAAGUGACUUGGGCAGCGAAGGCUUCUCCUGCAGCUGUGACAACAUCUGGCCAAAAUUCUCCAUACGAGUGUAAUUUACUCAAAGACAGAAGCUCAGGCCCUUUGAUGUGAUGCUUGCUGCCCUGGAGGAUCUAAACCUCCAGAGAGGCUGCAGCCCUCUGAGGCCUUGCUGCCUGCCUGCUGACACGCUCUGCAGACUUUAUACCUCCACAAGAUGUCGCCACCAGCAAGACCUUGAAACGGUGCCAAAUUAUGUUCUCACAAAGGAGCCCUGCAGCCAGCUGGGUUAAAAUGAAGUGGAAGCACUCAUCCACAGUGGAUGAAUCAUUGCUGAAAGCUGGUAACGUUUGAACUCAUCUUACAAUAUUAGUGGUUGUUGAGUUACAGCCUCCUCCUCCUCCUCAUGCAUGAGUGCUGAAAGCUGCAUGAGGACUACAUUUUGUCCUCCAGAUGUGAGGUCAGUGGUGCACUGCAUCAUCCCGCCACUAGAUGAAGCUCCAGCACAGAAACACAGACACUUUUAUACACAUUUCCCUCUUUAUUUUGUCUAUUUUUCGGCUGGCCUACUUUUUGAAAUGCAUAAAGAUGAGAUUACCUGCUAUGGCGCAGUGAGUGAUGUAAAGUUUGAUUCAUGAUUUGGUGAUCAAAUUAGACUCAAUUUGAUCAUUUUUGGUUAAUUGUAUUUCAGUUUUGCUAUUUUCAUGUCGGAUAUAAAAUGCAAAAAGUAAAAUAAUAAACCUGCCUCUCAGAAGUGGAUGAAUUACUGGUGUAAAACAGAUGGCUGAAGGCUUUCAAACUGAUUGUCUUUGCUCUCUAAAGAGACAAAGAGUCCAGCAGCCAGCCAACAACUGGAUCAGUCCUAAUGAGACAGAGAGGAAAAGAGGGAGUAUCUAGUGAAGUUGAGUCACAGUGUCGCGUCGCAGCAGAGCUCUUGCAGUCUCCUCUCGAUAACACACUUUCUAACCAUGCACCACCGUCCACUUCUGUCUGGAUGUUUGUCUUUAUGUGGGUGAGAUGUUGCCAAAUGUGAUUAUUCUGAUGUGCAUGCUGGGUCUGCAGUUACUGCACUGUGCAGCUGAUCUGUGCAACUGGACUGGAAGCGGUUUUGCAGCUGGUUUGGACUCCCGGAUUGUGCUCCAGGUGCAGCUGCGGUGUACUUCAGGCUCUGUCAAGUGGAUCUACCCGGGUCAGGCUCUCCGGGUGGUUCUGGAGCCCAACCUGUCCUCCUCCUCCAGGAGCAUCACCACAGUCUGCAUCCAGCCGUCUCCAUCUCUGCGCGGGGCCAGUGUGUUCAUCGAGCGGUCCGGAGAGCUGGAGCUGCUGGAGACGGAGGACGGGAGGCCCGGGCAGCAGGUGUUCUGUUUCCGGGCUGAUGGACCUCACAGGCCGGCUAUCUACCUCCAGUCCAGCCCGCUGAGAGACGGACUCUGGAGCAGACGCACGAUGGGCUUCAGAUACGAGCUGCUGGGCAACAGGAGAGCUGCAGCCACCGUGGGCCACAAAGGGCUGCAGAGUGAGUGGACCUGCUUUAAUGCUUCAUGCCAACCCUGCAACGAUACAGAACUCCUCAUGGCCGUCUGCAACAGUGACUUCGUGGUCCGAGGCUACAUCAGGAAUGUCUCCCACGACUCUGAACGCCAGAUGUCGUUAGUGGAGGUGUCAGCAGCGAGGGUGUACUGGCAGCGCAGUGGAGUGUUUGAGCAACAGGCGGAUGCCUCUGGGUCUCCUCCGUCCGUCCCAUCGUCUUGGCGUGGACACAUCCACACCCUCCUGCAGUGUCACGUGAAGCCCGGGGACGGAGAGUUUCUCUUCACGGGGUCAGAACACUUCGGGGAAGCUUGGUUAGGGUGUGCCCCGCGAUACAAAGACUUCCUGUCUGUCUACCAGGCCGCCUGGGCAGCGCGUCGGAAUUCCUGUGACUUCCCUUUAGGCUGAGGAAGUGUGUUGUUGUUGUAGCACUACACUGAGCCCGGACAGGCAUCCUCAGCCCUGGCACUGUGGGGAUCCCUGUAAUGUUGUCAUGUGCCAGCAAGGUGGCAUCCAGCGUCACCAGCAGGGACGAAGCAAUUCAAUUGCUGGAAAAAACACACUUGGAGGAGCAGAGCAGGAGCAAACAGCAGGGCCUCCUGCUCUGAGGCUCAGAGAGAGAGAGCAGGUCUUUGUCUGCCUCCCAUCACUGCCCUUCAGUCCUGGGACACUGAGAAGGGGUUGGGUUGCUGCUCCCUCUUUGUGCUUCUCCCCACAUCAACCGUUGUUCACUUCGCUGGCUCUGUGUGACAAUUGCCCCCCUGAACUAAAGACUGAAGCACGGCCAUUCAUAAUUGCCACUUUGUCCUAUUAAAUAGGCUUGUACAUAUAUGACUGUGAUUUAUAUUCUGAUUCAUAUGUGCUUAAAGGUGCUCUUAAUAAACCGCAAACAACUAUUUGCUACGUAAAGAUAUAGAGGAGUAAUGUCUACCUGAGCAGAGAACGAAGUCACUCUCCCUUUGUGUGUGUUGUAAUCAGUGUGCUUUUAGUGCAUGUUUGUGCAUGUGAGCGUUGCCCCACUGGCUAGCUCACAGGCCACCGCUCUGCACUGCUCUCAUACGGCGGUUACAGCUGAUAACGCCAUGCUGAUUGACGGUACCACUGCAGAAGCGUAUAGCACCCACCCUCCGGUUCCCCCCUUCGAGCCACCGGCUCAGCUGUCGCCAUGUUGAGAGCCAUGCGGAGGCAAUAGAAGUGCUCCCAAUCUCGCAUUUAGCGCCUUUAAGUUUAAAAUCCUGUGUUUUGUUUUAUAAUAGGGAAAGUAGCUUUCCCUUACAUCUGUUCAGUUUCCAUAUAUUACAGUAUACAGCCACUUUACAAAUUUAAUUCAGAGACUAUAUGAAAUCUUUUAGUAAUUGAGACUUUAGGUAAAAACUUAGCUUUGCUUUGCAUUGACUUGACAUACUUUAAUAAAUCAUCUAGGGCUGUAAGUCUCUGUUUUUGUCAGUACAACUUGAUAUUUUAAUAUUUUAAUUGUCCAAGGCUAGAAAAAGUUGACAUCAAAUCAAACAUUUCCCCAUUUAUCUUGAGCAUAAGCUGUUUUAAUAAACUAUAGGCCUUUGUGGAUAUCUGCCUUACAACAUGGUGAUCAGUGGCAUUUGUUUCUUUUUAUCAUCAGAUACAAAUCUACAAUUCAUAUUACGUUUUAUAUAUAUAUAAAUUUCCAACAUAAUUUGCAGAUUUCUUUUUAAUUUUAACAGACGAUCUGGUCAGUUCAUAUAGCAGUAUGUCUGGUGAAGUGUUUGGAAGUGAACAGAGCUCAUGAAC